GCGCUAAUAUGACGCCAGCAGGUUUCUACAGAGCUUCUCGUAUUCUAAUCUAUAGUAUUUGUUAUUUUGUUAUAGUAUUCAAUAUUCAUUCUUACUAUAGUCAGUAGUCACUACUCAGUUUUCUUUAUUACAAUACUACUUACUUCAUAGAAAUCUGAGUACUUAUAUAACUAUUUGAAGUUUGAACUUCUGAAGGUAAAAAAAAAACAGUAUAAUUAUUAUCAUAGAUAAACAAAAUUAUACCGAUAACCACAAAAAAUUAUUACCAAACAUUGUGUGAAAGAUAGAAAAUUUUCAAAGCUAUACAAAAAUGUCAAAUCCAGGAAUACUUUUCGAUGAAACCAUGCUGAAGCGUAAUGAAGAUCAAGAUGAAGAUAUUGUGACAAUUGUUGAUGAGUGUGAUAGAUGUACCAAAGUUGGAUUUUUACCUGAAGUAGAAGCUUCUUAUUUAGGGCUCUUGAUUCAUGUUAUGGAUCUUACUUCACUUAAUUCCACAGACAAUCAAAAAACUAUUGAAGCUCUUGUAAACAAGGCUCUAACUUUUACCAAAAAAAUGUUAAAAACUGAUAUUGAAAAUAUGGCAUCUUAUCAUUCUUGUGAAAUGUAUAACUACUUCACUACUAGUACAUUGACUCCUCAAACGGUCUGUGUAUCUUCUGUGCGUGUAGCUGAUGCUGUACAAAGCAUAAAUUGUCAAAAUGAACACAUAGACAUUGCUUCCGUUGCAGGAGGAUUUCCUAUGGGCCAAGUACCAUUGAGUAGUCGAAUAACUGAAGUGGAAUAUGCAAUUUCACAAGGAGCUGCAGAAAUAGAUAUUGUAAUUGAUCGUGGUUUAGCAAACAUGGGUGAUUUUAAUAGAUUAUAUCAUGAUUUGCGUUCCAUCAAAAGUGUGUGUGUUAAUGGUGAUGUCACAUUGAAAACAAUUCUGUCUGUUACUGAAUUGGAUUCUUAUCAUACCGUGUAUAAAAUGGCUAUGACAGCUAUGAUGGCUGGAUCGGACUUUAUUAAAACAUCUACUGGAAAAGAAGCUGAGAAUGCCACAUUGUCUCACGGUGUAAUCAUGUGUCAAGCAAUUAACAAAUAUUACAAUACCACGGGUUACAAGGUUGGUAUUAAACCGGCUGGAGGCAUUAAAUUUAAUGAACAGGCACUCAGUUGGCUUAUUUUGGUAAAGAACCAAUUGGGAAAUGAUUGGUUGAAAGCAAGUUUAUUCCGUAUUGGUGCAUCCAGUCUUCUAGAAGAUGUUGUUAAAAGGUUAAGUAUUGUCUUGAAAAAAUUACAAACAAACUAUUUAAAAAAUUAACUUAAAUUUAAUUGUUUUUAAAUUUUAAUUUUAUAUGCAUUCUGUGACAAAAAUUAUAUGAUAAUAAACAUAAUGUAUGAUCACAAUA